AUGAAGGAAGAGGAUAUCGAACUGUUCAAUACGUACAACGAAACGAAAGCUUCCAUUGUGGAACGCCUGAUUCGUACCUUAAAAACGAAAAUGUGGUGUUAUUUUACGGCUCAGAAGACCAUGUGGUACGUGGACAUGUUACCCGAUAUUGUUUAUUCCUACAAUCACAGUGUUCACCGGAGCAUUAAGAUGAAACCCGCCGAUGUUACUACUGAAAAUGAGAAAGAGGUGUGGCACACCCUGUAUGAUGAUCACAAGAUUGUAAAAAACAUAAAGUACAAGUUCAAGAUUGGUGAUCAAGUACGAAUUAGCAAAAUGAAACGGACGUUCGAAAAGGGGUAUCUGCCAAAUUUCUCGAAGGAAAUAUUUAUCGUAAACAAACAGAUACCCUCUGCGACCCUCCCGUAUACAAACUAAAGGAUUUGGACAGUGAGGAGCUCAAGGGAACAUUCUACGAGAAAGAACUGCAAAAGAUUAUUAAAAAAGAUAAUGUAUACGAAGUCGAAAAGAUCCUGAAGAAACGUGGACAAGGCAAGAACGUUCACUAUUUCGUAAAGUGGUUAGGGUACCCCAGUAAGUUUAAUUAAUGGGUAUCCGCUUCUGAAAUGAACAGAACGUAAACUAGUGAAUAGGGUACUUGUCCGUUAUUUCCAGACGGGAACACAUAAUGAGUGGAACGCACUUUUACCUUACGCGUCCGAGCAAUGUGUCCCUGGAUGUUUUUCCGGAUAACAAAACAUCCGACUAUCAUGUACAACUACCGCAGUCUAUUAACCUGAACAGGAACUGGGAAGUUGGAAUGUACUCCAUUUCCUAUCCACACAGAUGGUAUACAUUCAAAAACAAUGCCGAGUUUUAUUACGAUGACGGAAGCGGGUUCUUUCCAGUGACAUUGGCCUCCUACGGUCACUAUGAACAUGUACAGGCACUCCUGGACAGUAUGAAUGCAUUCCUAAAGAAGUACGCUGGUAAUGAUAAUAUAAAUCUUACGUACAGCAGCCAGACAGGAAAAGUAACAGUUUGAUACGCUGUCCCUUAUUCAGGGAUACGGUGGAAAAACGGUGACAAUUUCUACCACAGGCGAAAGUCCGCACACAGCAGAUCUAAAUAUUUUUUCAACAAUCUACACAUAUUGCAAUAUUGUUCAGCCACAGACUGUUGGAAAUACAAAUGCACAGUUACUUCCUGUCAAAGGAAAGUACGGCGAUAUUGUUACAAAAACGUUCACCAACGUACAGUACAUACCUGUCCAGACGAAAUCCUUUGAAAACGUGGAAAUUCUUUUAAGGAACGACACGGGCGAUCCCGUGCCAUUCGAGCGUGGAAAGGUGAUAACAACACUACAUUUUCAACAGCACACCUACUUCACCUAAAAAUGAUUAAUCCGUACGUACACUAUUAUCUGGAACAGCAAUGUGGACGUGGCAUGCCCGUCUUUAGGGGUAGCCCCUGGCAAGCCGGAUACGGGAACCAGACUGGAUAUGGUCCGGGGGGCCUUUUCCGUAGUAUGUCAAGAGCGGUUGUACCCCUUGUGAAAAAAGGGGUAAAGGCAGUUGCACCCCUGGCAAAAAAAGGGGCAAGGAUCCUUGGGGAUAUUGCCCUGCAGAGCGGAUCCGAUUUCCUGAGCGAUACCUUUACCGGAAAAAAACAUUAAGGAAGCGGCAAAGGCACGGGCAAUGGAAGCUGCUAAUACGGCCAAGGGAAAAGCCAUUAGUAAACUACAAGGUCAGACAGGUAGUGGAAAGCGGAGGCAUUGCUCCAAAAGUGUGAAGUGAGCAGGUAAAAAAAGGAAAACCUCCGUGUCGACCGCCAGACGUAGCCAGAGCAGAAAGCGAACAGCACGUAAAAAGAGAAAGGCACCAGCGUCCUCCACCAGACGUAGACAGACCAAGAAACGGAAAACAGCUCAAGACAUAUUCGGCUAAAAACAUGAACUUUGUGCAUUCCAGAUCGCAGGAGUGCGCAAAAAGCAAACUUGACCUAUUCUCCGUGCCUCCAACACAAAUUAGUUUAGAAAAGGGACAUUGGAUUGAUCACCAACCGGUUGCCAGUCUUGCCAAUGGGGGCGCCUUUACGUUCCUGUCUCCGGGCACCGAAGACUAUGUGGAUCUUGCCCGAACAAUUCUUGUGAUCAGAGCAAAAGUAACAAAGGCAAAUGGUACAAAUCUCGGCGCAAACGAAAAGGUACGCUAUUCUUUCCGUAAGAACAGUACAUUGCCCCUUUCCUUGUGUACCAAUUCCCCCUGUUUUCCUUUCAGGUUGGUGUGGUAAAUAAUCUCUUACACAGUCUGUUCAAGCAGGUGGACGUUUUCUUAAAGGGAAAGCAGGUCACGCAGGCCACCAGCACCUACGCGUACUCUGGAAACCCUUCUCAAUUACAGUCCCUCCGCAAAAGAUUCCCAGCUUACCGCCGCCCUGUACUACAAGCAUACGGCAGGUAACAUGGAUGUCGCAGACCCCACCCUGACCGAUGAUGCCGAUCCUAACCUUGGUCUUAGAGCAAGGUACGUCUUUAGCAAAACAAGCGGGAACCAUCGAAAUGACAGGUCCUAUAUUUAGUGAUAUAGUCAUGUCCCAACGCCUCCUGCUGAGUUACGUAGAUCUGAAAGUCAUUCUGAAUAGAAGCAGUGACACAUUCUGCCUGAUGACCUCCGAAGGUGGUGCCGACUACAGGGUAAAACUUACCGAUGCCUACCUUAAAGUACAGAAAGUGAAGGUCAAUCCCAGCAUUGCCGUGGCUCACGAGGUUGCACUCAAAAAAGGACCGGCCAUCUAUCCUAUCCAUCGCAUUGAAUGCAAGAGUUUUGUUGUUCCCGGAGGAAACCCGUCCCUGUGAAAGGAUAAUCUUUUCAGUGGUUUUGUACCAAAAACGCUUGUUUUUGGACUGGUGGACGGUGAUACCUUUAACAGUGCUCUCAAGAAGAAUCUGUUUAACUUCAAGCCGUCAAUGGAGAAGCAAGCCAUCAAUGGAGAAGAAAUACCAUUCAAGCCCAUGAAGCUUUCCUUCGGUGCAGCGCCCCAGUAUAUUGAAGCAUUUAGUACCAUGUUUUCCGGUACAGGGAAAAUGUACCAUAACACGGGAAAUGAUAUAUCCCGAAGUGAAUUCCCCAAUGGUUACGCCAUCUACGCCUUUGAUUUAACACCCGAUAUGUGUGGAGCCUCCACCCAUUUUAACGUGGUACAAAGGGGAAAUUUAGCCAUUGAUAUUCAAUUCUCCGCGGCACCCGCAGCCGCAGCAAGUCUCGUCUGCUACGGAGAGUUUGAAAGCACCGUACACAUUGAUUCUGAAAGGAACGUUAUUUACGACUACUCUGGAUGA